AUGACAAUCUUGUACUAUGCCCGCGUUCUUGACGCUGACACCCCACCGGAGGAGCUGGACCUCCUCGAAUGGUGCUGGGGCAAGGAACAUAAGACGUUGAACCUCAAUACGCGUUAUAACUGCCAUCCCCUUGACUUGAACUUGCACGCAUGGUAUCAACUCGUCGACGGCAACAAGCCCACUGGUUGGUUCUGGCUUCCUACGGAUAUGGAUGUCCUAGCGAGUGUACACGACUCGUACGUGAAAAGGACGCUGCCGGUACUGCCGGUAAACUUCGACACUCUUCCCAACGCCCAGCGGGAUCCAUGGAAACUCUACGGCGACAAGACUACCUUCAACUACAAGCUCGUCCCUUUCCCCGAGAUGAAAAAAACCUGGAACGUCUGGAGAUACAACGCCCAUCCCGCGCCCUUCUCCGAAGCGCUCGCAUCCGCUCUCGUCUACUACACCUAUCCCUUCGAUACACUGCCCGAAAUCGCCACUCACGCUCCGUACCACUUCGCCAUCGCCGACACCGGGAGAAAACUGCGCGCUCGAUACGGCGAGGGCCUGACUUCGGCGGAGCUUGAGAGGGAUUUCCCUGGUCUCAGCAGUCUGGACAUGCUGAAAAUCGCCUAUGUCUGGAAUAUAUAUGCCGCUUGGAUGCGAGCGGUUCCAGACAGCGCUUGGCGGGAAAGCAGUCAAGUCAGUGCCGCGCAGGGAGAAUCGGAAACGGGGAUUUGA